CUGUGUCGUCGCAUGACCCCGCCCCUCUGGGAGGGCAUUGCGCCUGCGCUGGAACGGCUGCCUAGCUCCCGGAAGUCCAGGGUCUGUCCGAGGAGUGCCGCUGGCUCUGGGUGCCUGGAGGCAGAAGCGCUUGCGGAGCUCGCCCCUCGGCCCCCGACCACCAUGUCGACCUUCGAUACCAACCCCUUUGCGGACCCAGUGGACGUAAACCCCUUCCAGGAUCCCUCUGUGACCCAGCUGACCAGUGCCCCUCAAGGUGGCCUGGCUGAAUUCAACCCCUUCUCAGAGACAAAUGCAGCGACAACGGUUCCUGUCACACAGCUUCCUGGGCCCUCGCAGCCAGCGGUUCUUCAGCCCUCAGUGGAACCAACCCAGCCAAGCCCCCAGGCCGUGGCCUCUGCAGCCCAGGCAAGCCUGCUCCGGCAGCAGGAAGAGCUGGACAGGAAGGCAGCUGAGCUGGAACGCAAGGAGCGGGAGCUGCAGAACACUGUGACCAACCUACAUGUGAGAGAGAACAACUGGCCGCCCCUGCCCUCGUUCUGCCCCAUCAAGCCCUGCUUCUAUCAGGAUUUCUCCAUAGAGAUCCCUGCUGACUACCAACGGAUAUGCAAGAUGCUCUACUAUCUCUGGAUGUUGCAUUCAGUGACUCUGUUUCUGAACCUGCUUGCCUGCCUGGCUUGGUUCUUAGUCGACAACACCAAGGGAGUAGACUUUGGCCUCUCCAUCCUGUGGUUUGUGAUGUUCACCCCCUGUGCCUUCCUUUGUUGGUACCGACCCAUCUAUAAGGCUUUUAGGUCUGACAACUCUUUCAGCUUCUUCGUGUUCUUCUUUGUAUUUUUUUGUCAAAUAGUGAUCUACGUCAUCCAGUUGGUCGGCAUCCCUAACCUGGGGGACAGUGGUUGGAUCGCAGCCGUGUCUACACUGCAACCAAAACAUUUGGCUCUGUCGAUCAUCAUGAUGGUGGUGGCUGGGUUCUUCACCCUCUGUGCUGUGCUCUCGGUCUUCCUCUUGAAGCGGGUGCACUCCCUGUACCGCCGGACAGGGGCCAGCUUCCAGCAGGCCCAGGAGGAGUUUUCCCAGGGCAUCUUCAGCAACAGGACCUUCCGCAGCGCUGCCUCAUCUGCUGCCCGGGGAGCCUUCCAGGGGAAUUAGUCCUCCUGACUCUCCUCCCUCUGCCCCAGCCUUUUCUCUCGUCUGCCUUCUAGCUGCACUUUCCAUGGGUGCCUUAAGCAGUGGUUAUGCCCAGCACAGACCUGGGGAGAGUCUUGCCAUGGCUCUUCCUCCUUCCUCAGCAACCAGCUCUCCCUUCCGCCCCAGGGAAGGGGAGUGAGGGAGGGACAGGGACUUUUUUUCCACACAGGAGAAAAGAAAAAGAACAAAACGCUUUCUUCUCUGGCGGUGGUUUGGUAGGAUUCUUUUCUCUCUGGAAGCAGUGGGAUUGAAGUUCUCUUCGCCACACACCCACUCUCACACACACACACGUACACACACGUACACAUCUUGGAUCACCAGCUGACGUGGGCCCACCCCAGCUGGAAUUUAUUUCUGCCAGGGUCCUGGGACUCCACUCCUCCCUCCCCUACCCCAGCAGGCCUGGCCUGAAGCUGGCUUCACAGACCCAGCCUGUGGCUUCCAUGGUUCUGUCCUUCCUUCCUGCCCAGGCUUGGGUCGCCUCCCAAGGGUCGGCUCUCCUGUAGAUGAGCUGCAGUCUGGGCGAGUGGACAGCUCUUCCCCAGAUCGCUCUAUGGUGGUCUCGGGGCUUCCAGAGCCUCUGGCCUGGUUGCCCCAGGCUCUUCCCUGCCUUGUGUUUCUCACAGAUUCAUAGCCUUUUAGCCCCUGUACCCACUGGUGUGGGUAACACCUUGUGCCCUCUGGGGCCUUCCCUGAGUCUUUUCCUCUUGUGACUUACUGAAUGUGCAAUGGGGUUGGUUGGGAUUUGGGGAUGGGGAGGGAUAGAGGACGCUGACCCUGACUUGUCCUGCCACGCCUUGGCAGUGUCUAGGAGGUUGGGGUCUGACUGUCAUGGUGUGCUUUGUUUGGCUCUGUUUUGAUAUCCUCUCCUUCUGAGGGCCAGCUGUCUUUGCCUUGGCCUCAGAUUCCACCCCACUCGGCGCCCCGCACCAUCAGCAAUGUCUAGCUUCCGCGACUCCGAGGGAGGGCAGGGGGAAUCAAUGGGGAACUGCAACCUUCAGGCUAGACUGAAUAGCCACCUUUCUGAGGAGUCCAGACUAACCCUCCAGGGUCCCCUCAUCCCCCGAGUAGAGCCUAGGUUACCUUCACUGGUCCUGGGGAUUCCCUGGGAAGUGUGUCACUACGAUGGGUGCCUGGGAGUCCACAUUAAAACCUGCACCCUGUCCUCCAGAGGCUGUAGAGUGGGUGUGUGGACUGAGGGAACUUCUCAAAAAGCUGGCCAACCUUCUGCCUCUGGGACCCACCCAGAGGCAGCCCUCACUCAGACUGUUAGCCUCGCAGCCCCAGAGCCACUGAAUGAUGAUGGCAGCAACCAAGGAUUUGUAAACUCCUUUCUGGUAUUUUUUUCUUGUACAAAUGUAUAUGUUAUGUUUCAAUUUUUGUGCUUAAAUAAAAACAAGACAUUUUCAGACAA